AUGUGUCACACUCUGCUAUUCCAGGUGCUGCUGCUCUGCUGCUUCUCUGGUUCUGUUGCCGUCGCUGAGCAUCACUGCAUCUCCGAAGAAAUUGAAAAAAAGGUUGGCCCCCGGACGACAGCAGUGGUGCUGGAGCUGCCAACUCGGGAAAGUGGCAUGUUGCGGGCGCUGACUGCCUCGGCUCCCGAAUGGGCGCCCAUCCGCUUUAAAUUCUUCACGGAGGAUCUGAAGGAUCCCUCAAAAUACUGCACCGCCGAGGGGCAGAUUCGUCCGGACUUUACUGGGGAAACUGUUGAGUGUAAGAGAGAGGAUAUUUUAACGGAGGAAAAAAAGUCCAUCAUAUUAAAAUCCCUUCUUCCCCGAGCAGUUAAAAUGCACAGGGAUCGUCUCCUUGUUGAACCACUCACGCACCGAAUUAUUGUGCCAUGGUACUCGUCAGGUAUAUGCGCUCAGUUUAAAAUACCCAGAUCCCACCACAUAUUGGGUGUGACUGGUGCGGACAUGUUCUUGUAUGUCUCUGCUGGCCCGACAGAGGCCUCCAUUCUUGCGUGGGCUAGUUUUUGCUCUGAAUUAGCCAAUGGACGCCCCGUUGUCGGUGUGGUGAACUAUGGUCCGAAAGCUGUCUUUGAUUCUGUGUACAGUGUUCGUGUUACAGCACAUGAGAUUGCACAUGCUAUUGGGUUUACUGUGGAUAUGAUGGAGGAACGCAGUAUGUUGAAAGAGGUUAAGGGUGUACGUGGCAAGGCAAAGGUACUUCAGGUGUCGUCACCCAAGACGGUGGAGAAGACUCGCGAGCACUUCAACUGCGUGAGUGCUACCGGCAUGGAGCUGGAGGAUCAGAUAGGGGCCACAACAACAUCGUCGCAUUGGAAGAGACGCAACGCAAAGGACGAGCUGAUGUCUAGUCUUUCCGGAAUCGGCUACUACACGGCGUUGACAAUGGCUGCCUUGGAGGACACCGGUUUUUACAAGGCCAAUUGGGGAAAGGAGGAACCGAUGUCAUGGGGCAACAACUCCGGCUGUGCACUGCUGACGGAGAAAUGCGUGAUAAAUGGUGUCACCAAGUAUCCGGAGAUGUUUUGCACCGCUGAAAGCAGCCUUUUUCAAUGCACAUCGGAUCGCCUGGCGCUGGGGCACUGUACGCUGAAACUCUACGACGCUCCCCUUCCCCCGCAAUUUCGGUACUUUUCGAAUCCCAAACUUGGCGGUGCUUCAGAACAUCUAAUGGACUUCUGCCCUUACAUUGAAAAGUAUGACGACAGUAGAUGCAGUAAUGGGAACGCAACCGUUAUGCGUGGGAGCCGCGUUGGCCCGAGAUCAAAGUGCUUGAAAGGGGAUGGACUCGCCGAUUUCAUGGGUCGUAUUGGUGACGUGUGCGCUGAGGUGUCGUGUGACAAGGGCGAGGUGAGCGUGCGGUACCUUGGAGAUGAUGCGUGGCAUAAAUGCCCGGAGGGCAGCAGUAUUACACCAACUGGGCUGUUCACGAGAGGGAGGAUUUUGUGUCCAAAGUACGACGAUGUAUGCACUGUCAUCGAUGCAUGCAGGGGAGGUGGAGGUGUGAGCAGUUUGUUGUCAGUUUUUCCAUUGAUUCCAUUGAUUUUGCUGGUCCUUAUUUUUAUUUCAAUGUGUUAA